AUGACUGAAGAUCGUAUGAGCUUUGACAACAACAACGGCAGACUGCUGCUACUCACAGGUGAAAGCCUCGGCCGGCGACGGUCAGCUCCCCCGGAUCUCGACGCGGAGCCGCCGUCGCCUUCUCCCCGCCUCCGACGCCGCGCGUCCAACACGGCUUCGGAGCGACCACCGUCUCCCCGCGAGAUACCCAUCCUGCCCUCCGUGUCACCCCGUGCACUCCGCCUCCCUCCCAGGCGCCAGAUCUCAGGGGCGAAUCCGUCACACCCGAAACCCCUCUCCCCCCGCCGCUUCGGAACCAUCGCCCCGCGCCGCGCUUACCACACAGCGGCACAGCGAUGGCGCCCUAGGGUUCAAUUCAACCGGCCUCGAUCCCUCCGCGCGCCAACAAUGCAGAGCUCGCUCGCCCGGCCUCCGCCCCCGCCUCCCCCGCCGCGGGCCCGGGGCUUCCUCGCUCGGCCCAGCCCGGCGCCGGCGGUGAGAUGCCACGGCGGGUCGGCGGCGUCGUCGUCGUCGGCGUCGGGAUGGGCCCCGCCGACGCCGUUCACGGGGAGGGACCCGGAGGCGAGGAAGCCGGCGUGGCUGCGGCAGCGGGCCGCGCAGGGGGACAAGUACGCCAGGCUCAGGGAGUCGCUCGGCGAGCUCAAGCUCAACACCGUCUGCGUCGAGGCCCAGUGCCCCAACAUCGGAGAGUGCUGGAACGGGGGCGGCGGCGCCGGCGGGGAAGGGGACGGCAUCGCCACCGCGACCAUCAUGCUCCUCGGCGACACCUGCACCCGGGGCUGUCGGUUCUGCGCCGUCAAGACCAGCAACAAGCCUGCGCCGCCGGACGCCCUCGAGCCUCUGAAAACAGCCGUCGCUGUUGCGAGUUGGGGAGUGGACUAUGUUGUGCUGACAAGCGUCGACAGGGAUGACAUCCCUGAUGGUGGAAGCGGCCAUUUCGCCGAAACAGUAAGGGCUCUCAAGGAGUUGAAGCCUACAAUACUGGUGGAGUGUCUGACCUCAGAUUUUCGAGGCGACCUCGAGGCAGUCGCGUCUUUGGCAAACUCUGGCCUAGAUGUGUAUGCGCACAACAUCGAAACUGUGAGGAGUAUGCAGAGGAUAGUUAGAGAUCCCCGAGCAGGAUAUGAGCAGAGCUUAGCGGUUCUGAAACAAGCAAAGGCUUGCAAAGAGGGCAUGGUGACCAAGUCCUCGAUCAUGCUUGGUCUAGGUGAGACAGACGAGGAGAUAAAGCAAACCAUGGCUGACUUGAGGGCCAUCGACGUUGACAUUCUGACCUUGGGACAAUAUUUACAGCCAACAGAAAAACAUUUGAGGGUCAGAGAAUACGUGACUCCUGAGAAGUUUGAUUUUUGGAAGGAGUAUGGGGAAUCUUUAGGAUUUGUGUAUGUUGCUAGUGGACCUCUGGUCCGGUCCUCGUACCGCGCGGGGGAGAUAUUUGUCCAAAAUUUUGUCCGACAGAAAAAAGCCCAGCUUGUGUCCGCUGCAUCGUAAUCUGAUCUGAUGGUCUCCGGCCGAUUCUAUCCCAUGUCAGAGUUUUCUACACACAGGAAGAGUUAAUUUUGUUUGUGGCCUGCAGAACGGAGCGCAGUGCAACGUUGACCAUUCUUCAAAGUUCCUAUGCUCCAUUGGCGCUCGUCGGUUUUACGAUUGCUUACAUCUUGCAUUCAGUCAUAACGUAAUUUCUCUUGUCACUCUGGCGUGUUCCGUUUUUACCUGUUCGUAUCAGUUGUUUAGACAGAUAGCUGUAUGCCUGUAUGUGAUGCUUGGUCUAUGAUUUGCAGUGCUAUAUAUAGUGGUGUCCUGAUUGUUUCUGAAA